CACGAGCGUGUGAUAAUAUCAUAACGCGUUGAGACGUCAACAUGAUGAAGUACACGUGUGUCGCGCUGUUCUCCUGUUGUGUAUUGUUUUGUGUCGGUUUAGAUAAAGACUGCGGAAAAAACGAAGAGUAUCAAUGUGUGCGGGAUUGCCCAGGUGAAAGAACAUGCAACGAUCGUGACAUAUCGAUAUCUUGUUUGCCUGAAGAUAACUUUUGUCAUUACACAUGUGCUUGCAAGCAUGGAUUUAUAAGGAAUGAAAAUAAUGAAUGUAUUAGUGAAGAUCAGUGUGAAAUAUGUACAAGGGAGAAUGAGGAGCAUGACUGCGGCGAAUUGUGUGACAAUGUUUGUGCGACAUUGUCUGAGCGGAACAGAACUCAUUGUGAUCUGUGGAACCCCAGAUGUGUCCGCCAGUGUUACUGCAAGGAUGGCUACGCAAGAGAUGAGAACAGAAAUUGUAUACCUAUAGACAAAUGCCCUGAAAUGACAAAUCAAGAACAGAAUGCAUAAGAUAGAGUAUCUUAAAAGAUAAGAACUCUUGUAUUUCUGAAGUACCGAGUUUUCGAAGCCUUUAAAGCAUGAAGCUAAGCUUGGACUUCAAUAGCGACAGCUACCAUUCUUGAACCGUUCCUCUUUUAUAUUACAAUAAAAUAUUCGUUCUUAAA